CCGCGGGAGGACCAGAUGCUGCUCCGCGCCUCGACCCUCGCCCGGCGCCUCCCGCGCCCCCGCGGCUGCGCCUCGGGCCCCGCAGCUGCAGCCCCGGAGAUCCAGGUGCGCGCCCUGGAGGGUCCUCACCAAGGAAUCGCUGAGAUCCUAAUGGACAGACCUCGAGCCCGAAACGCCCUGGGGAACGUCUUCGUGAGCCAGAUGCUGGAAGCUCUGGCCCAGCUGCGGGGGGAUCGGCAGGUGCGGGUCCUGCUCUUCAGAAGUGUAGUGAAAGGCGUGUUCUGUGCAGGCGCUGAUCUGAAGGAGCGCGAGCAGAUGAAUGAAGCGGCAGUGGGCGCCUUUGUACAACGACUCCGAGGCCUGAUGAGUGAGAUCGCGGCCUUCCCUGCACCCACCAUCGCUGCCAUGGACGGCCAUGCCUUGGGAGGAGGCCUGGAGCUGGCCCUGGCGUGUGAUCUCCGAGUGGCAGCUUCCUCGGCUGUCAUGGGGCUGAUCGAGACCACUCGAGGUCUCCUCCCGGGAGCAGGAGGGACGCAGAGGCUGCCCCGGUGCCUGGGGGUGCCCCUGGCGAAGGAGCUCAUCUUCACGGGCCGGCGACUGACGGGGACCCAGGCUCAAGCCCUGGGGUUGGUGAACCACACGGUGGCCCAGAACGAAGAGGGCACGGCUGCCUACCUGCGCGCACGGGAACUGGCCCAGGAGAUCCUGCCUCAGGCCCCCAUUGCUGUGAGGCUGAGCAAGGUCGCCAUUGACCAAGGGAUGGAGGUGGACAUUGCGUCCGGGAUGGCCAUUGAAGGGCUAUGCUAUGCCCAGAACAUCCCUACCCGGGACCGGCUGGAGGGCAUGGCCGCCUUCAGGGAGAAGCGGUCCCCCAAGUUUGUUGGAGAGUGAUUCGCACUCAACCUCCAGCACGGGCGCCACGGCUGUUGUGGACUCAGGGACCUCAAGGGGGACUGAGCUAUUACGAUCACGUCACCUGUGGGCCGUUUCCAUACCAACGCGAGACGCCGCCGGCUACCAGACCCCUGUGGCUCCCUGCCUUCUCGGCUCUCUCCAAAUGAACUCAGCAGAAGUCAGGGUGACAGUCGCCCCCCUCUGGGCCGUGCCACGGCUGCUUCUCACCUGAAUUCUGCCUCUUGAUUAUCAGAGCUCACCCGAGACGGCAGGGGCUGUAAGAACACCUGACCCCACAGCUGCUUCCCCUGAAUGCCCCGGCAGAUGAAAGGAAAGCCUGGUAGCAGCCGGGCAGGCAUCAGCAACCAGAC